AAGCGACGUCUCGUUCUCUCUUUCUCUCUUUCUCUCGCACGGUCGCUCGCUCUUCUUCUUCUUCUUCGUCUUGUUGGUGUUGCUGUUGUUGUUGUUGAAUGAGCGACAUUGCUGCUGGUGGUGGUUGUGGUGCUGCUGCUGGUGGCAGUGCAGCGGCGCCGUCCUCGAAUUCGACUGCUCUUCCUGAUGCUCCUGCUACUGAUGGUGCACUGCCAGUUCCAGUGGUGCGCGAAGAGCUCGUCCGAAGCGAGGCGGCGUCGCCUGCACCACCAACGCAUGAUCCGAGUGCUGCAGGCAAUAUGCUUGGGUUGUCCGCCACGCAUGCUGCCACGAUCUUCUCGCCAAGAGGUCACCCACGGUCUGCAACAGCCAUCCCCAUGCCCUCAUUCCGGGUGCGACCGCUUUCGGCGCCGUCCUCCGUCCCGUCGUCCAACUCUGCAUCUGCUGCGUGCUCCACUCCAACUUCGCCCAAAGCGAUGGACUUUGACAAUGUCCAGGAGCCUCUGGGAGAUCAUGCUUCGGAAAGCGCGUCAGACUCCCAGCCUCAACCGGCAUCCACGACUGACACUGUUGGUGCAGACGUAGGAGACGGCGAACCUAGCUCACGGGAUGGACUGGAGUCGAGUACAUCCAUCCCAUCCAUUGGCGGUGACACGCCAGAGCUCCAGGCCGAGAGAAUCCGCAUGUUUCACCAGAUGCGUGCCAGCAGCAGCAACUCUUCCUUUGACGAGUCGUUUGACACCCCUGGCUCAUCACAAGCGCGCCAUGCACUGAUCGCGGCCGCCGCCGUCGAAGCCAUUCGGGCCGAGCAAGCAGCCAGGAAGCACAGCAACGCAGAUUACUUUGCCUAUUUGGCCAGCCCGAGCGCUUCGUUCGAUGCAAAUAAAGCGGCGCUUCCUGGCAGCCCUCGGUACCGCCAAUCCUCGCUUUCCAGCGCGAGCGAGUCGACCAGCCACACCCCCAAGCCCACCAGUCGACAAAGUACACUUCGGUCUCCUGAUCGCACCGCAUCUCCCUCGGGUGAACACGCCGACGGGAGCAGCCUUCUCGGUGCCGAUGACGUGGAGAAGAGUCGUUCUGGGCCGCCAGCCGAUGAGGAGCAAACAGCAAGCUCGGUCGCUCACUCGCCAGCCGAGUCCAUCCCUCAUCAUGAGCAGAGCUCUGCAUUGCCCCAGUCCCCAGCUGCAGAACGGUCGGAUGAAGAGCAAAAUGUUUCGCACGACGAAUUGCCGGAUUUGCCUUCCCCUGCAAUGCCUUCCGAACCUCCUGUGCGGCUACUGCUUCAUCGCCGCUCCUCGUUUAUAGCUGCGCCUCACAUGAUGCAAGAAAUUGAACUGGAUGAGGAGAAUUUAGCGGCCCUAGCGGGCUCGGAUGCAUUGCACGACAAUGACCGAACACUUUUAUUCCUUGCGCUGCACGCGCUCGCCAAGCUGCUGCCACCAACAGACGCCUGCCGAAUGCUGGUCGAGUUGAAAUCCGACUUUAAGCACGGCGGCCAGUUCUUGGCACUCGUAUCGGAACGCAAAAAUCCAGACCGACAGGCACUCUUGUGCGUCGAUUUGCACGACCCGGACCACCACCACGUGCGUGUGGACCGACGGCCGUUCAUGCCACCGCUCGCCACCAACUCGAGCAGCAGCUUGAGCGCCAAUGACCAGCGGCUCUCCCGUCCAGAGCAAGUCGAGCUGCAGCGCAAACUGGAGCGUGAGGCCGAGCAGCGACGCCAGGAGCACGAACGCCUCGCCCAGGAUCAGUCUGGGCGCCCUCCGUGGCAGCAAUGGCAUCAAAUCCAGCAGCAGCAUCUGACAGAGCAACAGCAAAAGGAGCAGUUCCAGCAACUCAAGAUGCAGCGGCACAAGCACUAUGAGCAAAAGUUUGCCAUGUCGGGUGCAAACACUCCUCGAGAACCUGGAAGCCCCAAAUCGACGUCGUCCAUGGCCCUGUUUGGUGGGUCGUCCUCGGGCAAGGGACGCCGCGACCAACGGCCGGGUGCGGAAGAUGGCUCCGAGCCAAGUGGUGGUUACACUCGAUCCACGUCCGAGUCUGGAUUUAGCGCGGAUUUGCCAGACCAGGCGGACGAACACUUGGUUGUGGCUGCUGUCAGUCGCAGUGCCAGUGCCGCUAGCUCGUUGCAAAGCUUACGAGGUGGCGCCUCGCAAGGCCGAUGGCGACCUCUCUCGGUGGGCGCACAGCACGCACCCGCUCAUCUGGUUGGUGCUGGUCUGGCGUCGUCGUCGUCAUCGUCUGCGUCGCCUGCCCCUCCCAGCCACUCCUCGACCGGGACCCCCGAGCCAGCAUCUGCUGCGUCUUCAUCGCUCGACACAUCCACGCCCAUGCAAACCAUGGCGACCUCGCCCAUCUUUUUCCCGCCUGCGCUGCCCGGCGAUGCCGCCUCGAAAUCUACUGGCGAGGGCCUUGCUGCAUCCUCAGCGCCCCGGCCGAUGGGGGUUGGCCGCCCAGUCAGCAUGUCCAGCAUGGCUGAAAGUGCGGCAUUUUCGCCUCCCGCGGCUCGCCCGUUCCCCGCAGGCAUCACUGCAUCCCUUUUCCCUGCGCAGCGCAGCGUGCCGGAUAUCCGUCUGUCCACGUCGGCGCCGUCCGCCUCCUCCUCGCCCAUGCCUAUGCGACUCGAUGGCGUGGCAGAGGACGACGGUCGAUCCGACACUCCGCCCUCCUUGUCCUCGGCUGGUGAUUCUGUUGCGACUCCGAUGGUGACGGACGACUCGGCAACGUCGGCAUCGUCGGGAGCAGCGGGAGCGGCGGGAUCUGUGAUUGCACCCCAUGGUGUGGCCGUCCCGAAGGCUGCCAUCCAGGCCGUCGAGUGCUUUAUUGGCCUGAGUGUUCCGGUCGUUCGCCAGAUGACUGUGCUGCUGAGCGGCAACGGCGCGUUUGUUGUGCGCCUUGGUCACCGAGCCUACUCUUUCCACACGGCCUCCGUUCGCUCCCUGUGGUCGACCAUCUCGGCGCUCCGCCAGGCUGCCGAGUCGGCACCAGAGUCACACGCAGUCGAAAAGGACGAGGACUUCCAGGCUUGGAUUGCUCCCUACCAUGCGCUCGUCCAGCGCGCCCAAAAGUCGCCCAACCACCGACUGUACCGCAACAUUGGCGAUUUGGAGAUUCGCCGGCGGUCGUCCAUCGGCUCGCCCCAAGAUCUCGACCACAAGCUGGACGCGCCACUCAACGUCGUCUAUCAAGGCGGCGAGGGACGCCCUGCAGAGCUCGAUGUCAUCAACAAGCUGCGCGAGUUUAUGAUGUGCAGCGAUCUCGACUCUGUGACGCCCAAAGAGAUGCGCACUGCCUUGGAAUCGCACUUUAACAUUGACAUGAACUAUUGCAAGAAAUUUAUCGACGAAAAGAUUCUCGUCAUCAUGGGCCAGCUGGAACCUCCCUCCAAGAUUCUCGAGUAUCUCUACCUCGGCACCGAGUGGAAUGCCAGCAACAAGGAGGAGCUGCAGCGCCUCGGUGUCGGCUACGUCUUGAACAUGGCCUGGGAAAUUGACAACUUUUUCCCUCUCCUCAUCCAAUACCACCACUGCCUCAUCCAUGAUGAAAACUGGGAAUCGAUCUUGCCGCACUUUGACAACACAUACCGGUUUAUCAAGAAGGCGGUCGACAACAAUUCAAAGGUGCUGGUGCACUGCAAGAUGGGCGUCAGUCGCUCGGCCUCAGCCGUCAUCGCCUAUAUUAUGAAAUCGCUCGGCUGGCCUUUGAAGAAAUCGCUCGAGUUUGUCAAGUCACAGCGUAGAAUCAUUCGCCCAAACCCGGGCUUCACAAAGCAGCUGGAAGAGUACGAAGGCAUUUUAGCGGCCAGCAAGUUGUACUCUGAGCGCGUGGUGGCGGUUGCUGCUGAGGCUGGAAACGUGCCAACCCCUCCGCCUCCGAGCAUCACGCCGUCCAUGUCGUCCAGUUCGCUCAGCGAAAUUGCUUCCAUCAAGGCGACUGGGACGUCUGUGAAGCAGCUGACACGCACUUUGCUGAGCGGCAACGUCUCCCCGCCUGCCGCUGACUCUUCGAACGCAGCUGUGCGGCAAUUUUCCUAGUUGAGUUGACUUUUGUUUUGUUCUUUCCCCUUUUUUUUUCUUUUCUUUUUCGCUUUUACGUUUUUCAUCUGUAGCCACUCGUUGUUUCUGUGUUUUUUGGUCUUGUUUGUUUGUUUGCGCUUUCUUGCAGUUUUGUUGUCAU